CCACCGAUGACGAGACCCCCGGCGCCCUAUCCAGGGGCACGGUCGAGGCCCUUGCCGAGGAGGCCCUCAAAAGUGUAGAGAGGAUAAAGGAGGAAAUUAAGAAGAGCGGCCACCUAAAGGGCACCGUAUGGGGGCAAAUCAACCGGGCUACUAAAAGCGUAGUCGAGGCAGUUGAGGGCCUACGGGAUAUUACGCCUGAUGAAGAGCAGCGCAGGCUCCGCGCGGACAAUGCUCGUCUAGCAAGAGAGCUAGAUCUUGUCCGCAACGAGCUGCGCGCUUUUAAACAGGCGUAUGUGGAGUCGCAGCGGAAGUCCGCUGCAGCACCGAGAGAGGACACAGGGCCCCAGCAGCCCAACAUCGAGGAGGUGCUCAGAUGCGCCAUGGAGGAGAUGAAGGGGCAACUCCUGCAGUCGGUAGGCGGGAUGAUCAAUGCCCGCCUACAAGACCUGGAGAUGCGCCUUCCUCCGGAGCCCGUCAUGAGGCCUCCUCUUCGUGCCGACCAACGGCAGCCGCCACCGCCCCGUCACAAGUCCCGGUCGGGACUCGUGGAGGGCGCCAUGGAGGUGGACGGGGAAGCCCAGCCACCCCAAGCGCCCACUCCUAGGGCGGCAAAGAAGGCGCCGAAAAAGGGCGCCGCAAAGCGGCCGACUGCCCCCCCGCCUCCUCCUCCCUCCAAGGGGAAACAGGGGGCAGGACAGGCAGAAGCGACCCCUCCCCCCCCAACCGCUGGAACAAGCGGAGAGGGGGAAGCCCAGACAGGGACGGCGGGCAACUCCUGGUCCGAGGUUGUCCGCCGGAAGAAGAGGGGCAAUGCCGCUGCCGCUGCUAAUUCCCCCCCCUCAGCCGGAACAACCCGGCAGAUCGCCCCGGCCCCACCAAAGGCCGUUAAAAUCGUGGCCCCAAAAACCGCGGCCAUAGUGGUGACCCUUAAGAAAGGGGCCACCAUGACCACCGCGGAAGGGGCCACGAUUGACGCGAAAUACUCCGAGGUCCUGGCAAAGGCCAGGUCCUCGAUAUCCCUGAGGGAAUUCGGUUUGGAGUCGGUCAAGAUCCGAACGAGCAUGACCGGCUCCAAACUGAUGGAGGUCGGGGGGACCACCCCCGAAGAAACCGCUGACCGUCUCGCCGCCGCCCUGGUGGAGGCAGUAGGGAGCUGGGCGGACAUCACCCGCCCAACCAAAAUGGCCGUCCUCAGGAUCACCGGUCUAGAUGACACGGUGACCACUGAGGAAGUGGCGGCCCAAUUGGCAUCGGUCGGCGGAUGUCCCCCCAGCUCCCUAAGAGUAGGUAACAUCAGGCCGAGCUUCUGGGGCGGCGGCUCCGCCCUGGUCAAGUGCCCAGCGAUUGCCGCUAAGGCAAUCGUAAAGGCAGGACGAGUGGCCAUCGGAUGGACGAUGGCCACCGUCAAAGCAGUGGAGGCCCAGCCACUCAGAUGCUACAAGUGCAUGAUGCUGGGCCACACUCGCGCCCUAUGCCCAGUGGAAGCGGAGAACGGGCGUCUCUGCUUCCGCUGCGGCAGUGAAGGGCACAA